AUGCCUCUACCAGAAAAGAAGACGUUUGAAGACGUCGAGUUACCCUCCAACCCUAACUUGCCUCCAUGGAUGCUUACACCAAAAGAAGAGAAGGUCAUUUUUGAAAGAUGGAGAAAGAAGACGUUCCAGAGGUGUGAUGAAUUAAUCAAGAAGUACAUCGAAUGUACUAAUAGUUACAGUGCACUCGAAGGUAUGUCCAAAUGCCAGACUGCAAAUAACGAGGCACAGGGGUGUGUGGCGAAGUACCAAAAGAUCGAAUAUCUUGAUAUUGAAAGAGACAUUCUUAUCAAAGAAAAAGCGGAAAAGAGAAAAUUGUACAGAGAAUCAUUAGCCGCCGCCGAAAACAAGGCAUAA